AUGAAGUUCGGAAAGACUUUAUUGAAAAAUCACAUACCAGAGUGGUCAAGGCAUUAUAUAAGCUAUAAAGCUUUAAAGAAGUUCAUAAAUAAUACUGUUAAAACAACUUCGCGAGGCGGAACGACCGUUGACGAUGACAGUGUAGUUGCCUUCUUUUUCACGCUUGACAGUGAACUCGAGAAAGUCAACAAUUUCUUUUUAUACAAAUGUGCCGAAAUAGAACGUCGUUUAAGAAUUUUGUCAGAAAAAUAUCGUCCUUCGCUAAAUAGUUCAUCUAUCGAUUUUAACUCGAUUGAUCAUGGAUCUAAUGUUCAUUCUUUCGAUCCAUAUGCGGAUACAGAAUUAUUAUCCGUAUUGAUGGAAACUAAAGAUAAAGUUCACAAACUUUUAUAUUUUGCAGACUUGAAUAUCAAAGGGUUUUCUAAAAUUCUGAAAAAAUUUGAUAAGAAAUUAGGUAGAGAUGCUAAAUGCCUUUAUUUACAAACAAAGGUCGAUAAACUUCCGUUUGCGUCAGGUUCAUUACUUAUUGACAUGUUGGAUUCUAAUGAACAUUGGAUUCAAGAAGUUCAACGUCGAGUAACGGAAUAUGAACAAAAUCCUCAUCAUGAUACCAAAUCCACGACAAAAGCUCGCCUUCUACGAAUCAAUUUGACCGAAGAACACAUCAAGAUGUUGUCGGAUUCACUUCAUAACGAUAAUAUAGAUAUCCUUCAAAAUUUGAUAAAUCUAGUUGAUUCGGACUUAAAAAUCUUAACGUCGAUGCUUUAUAAAGCAUGUUAUUUUGGAGCGAUGAAGUGUAUAAAAUUACUUCUCGAAUCUGGAGCCAGUAUAGCUGAUGAUUAUGAUAUCAAUGAGCGUUCAAUGAUUCAUAAAUUGGCGAUAAAUGGUGGUAAAUUACCACUAGAUAAUUCUUCAUCUUUAACGUCAACAUCUUGCUCCCCGAUAAAUAACGGCAAUAGCUCAGAGGGACAAAUGAUAUAUUCUGUUACCACGUUUCAAAUGCAAAAUUUUCAAAGUGAAGUUGUUUGUGAAGAUAUAAAUUUAAUUUCUUGGAUCCUUGAAUAUAUUCCUCAAGCAGAAUAUUCAAAUGUCUCGUCUGCCGACGCUUUUGGUAGAAGACCUUUGCAUUACGCGGCCAUUAAUGGAUUUGAAAAAAUCACUGGACUGCUUUUGGAAUUUGUAAUCAGAACUGGACAGUUUUCUUUAGAGCAAGGGUUUAGUGAUCCUUCCUGGUUUGAUAAUGAUGGGUUUACGCCGUUAUUUUAUGCAAUUCGACGUGGACAUACUAAAGUUGUGGAUUGUAUAAUUAAGGGGAGCAAUAUGAAGAAUAUUGAUGCUAUUAGUAACGCUGCCGAUUCUUCUCCGUCUUAUGGAUCAAUUAAUUCUACACCCACCACGAUCAAUCCUGCUGUAAGUCAAUACGUAAUGCCAUCCGCCCAUGUAUCGUCAUAUAUUUUUUCGCAUAAUCGUACACAAACUCCGCUCGCUACGGCUUGUAAAUUUGGCCAUAUUGAAACAGCAAAACUUUUGCUCGUUUAUUGUGCUGACCCCGAUAUCCAGGAUGAAGAGGGAGAAACUCCGUUACAUUUGGCUGCUCGUAACGGAUUUGAUGAUUGUGUGAGGUUAUUGGUCGGAUUAGAUGAUAGCACGGAACAUCAGAAUUCACGUGAUGAUUUAAACACCAAUUUUAAAAAAGCAAAUAUGGAGAUUAAAGAAAAAUUUUAUGGAUGGACACCUUUGUUUUUAGCAGCUGUAGAAGGUCACACAGAGUGUGUCAAAGUGCUAAUAGAAGCAGGCGCUGAUCCUAAUGUGAUGGACUAUUCUGGCUGGACUCCACAUAUACAUGCGGUGUUCCGAGGACAUUAUGCAGUGAAAAACAUUUUGUGUCCUCUAACUGCGUUCGAAGAACCUAAUCCAUCACCUAUAAUUGCAAAUGUUGAGAUUAAUUCAGCAAUUUCAAACGUUGCUUCAGCUGAAUUUGCAUAUGGUCAUAAAUAUCUACAAGAUCAAUCUUUGAUUCUUGUAACUCUUGGAAAUACCGAUACUCGUAAAAAUAAUGUCCCGGUAGAAUUAUACAAUACGUCUAUCUCCAUGAUGCCACCGACGUUAAUUUCACUUGUAGUUUCUGCGAAGAAUGCCACCGGAGAACCAGCUAUUAUGGAUCUUCCAGUUAAUAAAACCGUCAUUGAUCCAAUCAUGUUUUAUUCAUCUAAUAUAGAUGAAGUUAUUUUGACAUUUGAUAUUGUACCCGCUUUUGGUACAAAAAAGCAAUCAAUCGGACGUGCUUGUGCAUUACUCUCAUCCGUGAAAACUUCUUCAGGUUCGCAACAUAGUUCUUUAAUGGGUUAUGUGACUGUUCCGAUUCUUGGUAUGGGCACAUUGGAAGUUAUUGGACGGGUGAUUUUUGAGUUUCUAAUCGUUAAGCCGUUCAAAAACGAGAACCUUGCCGUUGGUAAUAAGCAUACAUAUAGAAGGUCGUUUACUACCAAAGUUAUCGGACAUCGUGGAUUUGGUAUGAAUAGGGCAGGAACUCCAAAUUUACAAAUAGGAGAAAAUACUCUUAUUAGUUUUAUUACGGCAGCAUCACUUGGAGCAGAGUAUGUUGAAUUUGACGUUCAACUUACAAAAGACCAUGUUCCGGUUAUUUAUCAUGAUUGGACUAUCACAGAAACUGGCUAUGAUAUUCCAAUUCAUGCCAUUACCCUUGAGCAGUUCCUGAAUUUAAAAAAGCAAAAAACUGUGAAUAAUCAAAAAUCUGAUGAACUUUUAUUAAAUCGUAGGGAAUUUUCUUUUAACCCUAGUAGUAUAAGUGAACAAAAUCAUAAAAAAUUGAAAAGAUCUAAUAGUGUUGGAUCCGUAACAUCUUUAGCAUAUUCAGAACAUAUGGGGAAAUUGAAAGGAAAUAGUGAUGGUUCGAUUCAAGUUAAAUAUCCAAUGAUAGACGAAGCGGAGGCUGACGAUUUACCGUCAUAUCACACAGAGUUAAACCUUUUCGUGGACACGAUUCUUCAAUGCGUUUAUGACAACGCUCAAGACCGUAAUAUUAUAUUUUCCUCUUUUCAUCCCGAUAUAUGUUUAAUGUUGGCUUUUAAACAACCAAAUUAUCCGGUAUUCUUCUUAUCGGAUUGUGGAGAGACAACCCUUGCAGAUGCGAGGUGCAACUCUAUUCAAGCAGCAAUAAGAUUUGCAAAAUAUGCGGAUUUAUUAGGCAUAGUAUCUAAUAGUGCCCCUAUUAUUGAGGCACCAAAGUUAGUUGCGACAAUAAAGGAAGCAGGAUUAUUACUGUUUACUUAUGGUACAAUGAACAAUGAGGUGGGGAAUGUACAAUUACAGAGAAAAGCCGGUGUAGACGCUGUUAUUGUGGAUUCAGUAUUGGCUGUAAGAAAAGGACUUCAACAAAUUCAAUCUUAA